CUGGUUCGCUUGGAGCCGCCAGUCUUGAAGGACAGUUAGACGUUCCACUAAAAGACUCAGCGGACAUUUUAUGCUGCCACGCGUCCGAAUACUGCGAAUCCCAAAGCAAAAGUAUCUUUGACUUGCGAGCCUGAGUGGUGGACAAGAAUACGCCGGGGACGCUCCUUGAUCACCAAGAAAUUGACCAAUCGCGAUCGACCACUUUCAUUGCCCUCCCUCCCUCCCUCCCUCUUUAAAAUACGUCCUUGAUUCCUUCAAGGUCCAAUCCAUUAAUUUGGGAGCAUAUCAGAGAACCCCCAAAAAAGGGCGAGAAUGGCAUCUGAAGAGCAAAACGAUGCUGCAUCUACUUCUAAGGCUGCAGCAACUGAUCAGGAGCAUGAAUCCUCCAGCCAGAACGACAAUCAGGAUAAGGGCAAGCACACUGUGCCGUUUUACAAGCUGUUCUCCUUCGCAGACUCGACGGAUGCAAUCUUGAUGGUCCUUGGGACGUUGGGUGCCGUAGGGAAUGGACUUGCUCUUCCCCUCAUGACUGUUCUUUUUGGAAAUUUAAUCCAGUCCUUUGGAGGAGAGUCCAACCCACAUGAUGUUCUCCAUGAGGUUUCCAAGGUAGCACUGCAGUUCGUCUAUCUAGCAAUCGGAGCAGGCGUGGCAUCCUUCUUGCAGGUGGCUUGUUGGAUGGCUACUGGGGAAAGGCAAUCAGCACGAAUAAGGAGCUUGUAUUUGAAUACGAUACUAAGGCAAGAGAUUGCAUUUUUUGACAAGGAAACAAAUACAGGUGAAGUCGUCGAGAGGAUGUCGGGGGAUACUGUAUUUAUUCAGGAUGCCAUGGGCGAGAAGGUGGGCAAAUUCAUUCAGCUAAUUGCAAGCUUUGUUGGAGGAUUUGUAAUAGCAUUUAUCGAGGGGUGGUUAUUGACCCUCGUGAUGAUAUGCUCCAUUCCUCCUUUGGUGCUUGCUGGAGGACUCAUGGCCAAUGUCAUCUCCAAAAUGGCUUCGCGAGGACAAACAGCUUACGGAGAAGCUGCGACCGUCGUCGAGCAGACCAUCAGUUCAAUUAGAACAGUUGCUUCAUUUACAGGAGAAAGACUAGCAGUAACGAAGUACGAUAAGUCUUUGGCAAGGGCCUACCAUGCGAGUGUUCAGGAGGGUCUUGUGGCUGGAUUAGGUCUCGGCGCAGUUAUGCUCUUCUUUUUUGCUGGGUACUCCUUGGGAAUAUGGUACGGAGCGAAAUUGAUACUGGAAAGGGAUUACACUGGUGGCAAGGUCAUCAAUGUGAUAUUUGCAAUCCUCACGGGAUCCUUUUCAUUAGGCCAGGUAGCACCAUGCAUUACGGCAUUUGUAGCAGGACAAGCUGCUGCUUAUAAGAUGUUUCAGACGAUUAACCGAAAGACAGAAAUCGACCCGUACGAUCCCAAAGGAAAGAAGCUCGACGAUAUUCAAGGGGAUAUUGAAUUGAAAGAUGUUUACUUCAGCUAUCCAACUAGACCAGAUGAGCAAAUCUUUAAUGGAUUCUCUUUGGCCAUUCAGAAAGGGACUACGGUUGCAUUGGUCGGUGAGAGUGGAAGUGGAAAGUCGACAGUUGUCAGUUUGAUUGAGAGAUUUUACGAUCCUCAGGCUGGUGAAGUUCUCAUCGACGGGGUGAACCUCAAGGAGUUUCAACUCAGGUGGAUUAGAGGGAAAAUUGGGCUUGUGAGUCAGGAACCUGUCCUGUUCGCCACUAGCAUUAGAGACAACAUAGCCUAUGGCAAGGAGAAUGCAACUGUUGAAGAAAUCAGGGCUGCCGCGGAGCUUGCUAAUGCUGCCAAAUUCAUCGAUAAAUUGCCUCAGGGUUUGGACACUCUGGUUGGGGAUCAUGGAACUCAGCUUUCUGGAGGUCAAAAACAAAGAGUUGCCAUUGCCCGAGCAAUUCUGAAAGAUCCUCGUAUUUUGCUUUUGGAUGAAGCUACAAGUGCGCUCGACGCAGAAUCAGAGAGGAUAGUACAGGAAGCACUUGAUAGAGUCAUGACAAACCGUACUACCGUUGUAGUUGCUCACCGACUAAGCACCAUUCAAAAUGCGGAUACCAUUGCUGUGGUACAUCGAGGAUCAAUUGUCGAAAAGGGUUCACAUGAUAAGCUACUAGAGAAUCCAAAUGGAGCUUAUAGCCAGCUUAUACGACUGCAAGAAAUGAACCCUGAAUCAGUUAGUAUAAACAGACCUGAUUCAAAAAAAUCUGAUGUGUGGGUUGGUUCAGCUAGGUCCUCUAGCAAAAAAUUGUCCAUGCACCGUUCCAAUAGCCUUGGAUCAUCAGGCAGACAUAGCAGCAGCAAUUCCUUUCAAAUUUCAUUUGGUUUGCCGGUAAGUGUCGAUGUACAAGAUCAAUCUGAGAAUGUGGAUCCAGAAAGACCUGCUGAACAGGCGAAAGAAGUACCGCUCCGUCGCCUAGCAUAUCUUAAUAAGCCCGAGAUUCCAGUGUUGAUCCUUGGUUCAAUUGCCGCAGUCGUUAAUGGUGUCAUAUUUCCAGUCUACGCAAUUCUUCUUUCAAAUGUGAUUAAUGCAUUCUACGAGAGGGACCCACACAAGCUCAAGAAAGACUCUAACUUAUGGUCGUUAAUGUUCCUGAUAUUUGGCGGCAUUUCUUUAUUGGCUAUUCCAGCUAGAACAUACUUCUUUGGUAUUGCAGGAGCCAAGUUAAUAAUGAGGAUUAGGCUAAUGACAUUUCAAAAAGUGGUUAACAAGGAGAUUGAAUGGUUUGAUAAUCCUGGGAACUCUAGUGGUGCAAUUGGGGCAAGGCUAUCAGCAGAUGCAGCUUCAGUCAGAAGUCUUGUGGGAGAUGUACUUUCAUUAAUUGUUCAGAACAUUACAACAUUGAUCACCGGUUUGGUGAUUGCUUUCGUCUCCAAUUGGCAACUCUCUUUAAUAAUCCUAGCGUUGGUGCCUCUCUUGGGAUUCAAUGGAUACGUACAGAUGAAGUUUAUACAGGGAUUUAGUAAGGACGCAAAGAUAAUGUACGAGGAAGCCAGUCAAGUUGCAACUGAAGCAGUAGGAAGCAUCAGAACAGUUGCUUCAUUUUCUGCCGAAGAGAAAAUCAUGACCAUGUACAAACAGAAAUGCGAAGGCCCUACAACAAAAGGAAUUAGGCAAGGGAUUAUCAGUGGUACUGGCUUCGGUGUGUCCUUCUUCUUGCUGUUUUGUGUCUAUGGAGCUAGCUUUUAUGCAGGAGCAAGGUUGGUUGACAGUGGAAAGACUACUUUUGCCAAAGUAUUCCGGGUUGUUUUUGCUCUUGCAAUGGCAGCCAUUGGGAUAUCUCAAUCAAGUUCCUUGGCACCAGAUUCCUCCAAAGCCAAAACUGCUGCAGCUUCAGUAUUUGCCAUUCUUGACCAAAAAUCUAAAAUAGAUUCUAGUGAUGAUUCAGGCGUGACACCGGAGAGAUUGAAGGGAAACAUCGAAAUACGGCAUGUGAGUUUCAGGUACCCUACACGCCCGGAUAUCCAGAUUUUCCAGGAUCUAUGCUUGUCAAUCCACUCUGGAAAGACGGUUGCUCUUGUUGGAGAGAGCGGCAGUGGGAAGUCGACUGUUGUAUCACUGUUGCAGCGAUUCUACAAUCCUGAUUCUGGAGAAAUAUUGCUAGAUGGUAUCGAAAUUCAAAAGUUUCAACUGAGGUGGUUGAGGCAGCAGAUGGGCUUGGUGAGCCAAGAGCCAUCUCUCUUUAACGAUACAAUUCGGACUAAUAUCGCUUAUGGAAAGGAGGGAAAUGCUACAGAAGCUGAGAUCAUAUCUGCUGCAGAAUUGUCUAAUGCCCACAAGUUCAUUAGUAGUUUGCAGAAGGGCUAUGAAACAUUAGUCGGGGAACGGGGAGUUCAGCUCUCUGGUGGGCAAAAACAGCGUGUUGCUAUUGCACGUGCCAUCGUGAAGGACCCAAAGAUCCUAUUGCUGGACGAGGCAACGAGCGCACUGGAUGCUGAAUCUGAAAGAGUGGUCCAAGAAGCAUUAGACCAAAUCAUGGUCAAUCGAACCACUGUUGUUAUAGCUCAUAGAUUAUCUACCAUAAAGGGAGCAGAUGUGAUUGCUGUGGUCAAGAAUGGAGUGAUAGUAGAGCAAGGAAAGCAUGAGACGCUGAUGAAGAUCAAAGAUGGCGCUUAUGCUUCCUUGGUCGCACUUCAUGUGAGCUCUGCACACUGACAUGGUUCCCUCUUGCAGCACAAAAUUUUGCCUCAUGCAUGUGCUUCUUUUAUCUACAAUUCCAACUGGUACUUUGUUGUAUCUUUAGUUAAAAUAUAUCAAAUAAAAUCGUCUUUAUUUA